CAAAUUUUAUGCCCAAUUCCUAAAGGUUCCUUUGAACCAUUUUCACUUUUUGGCGAUUAUCUCUGUGGGUUGUGAUGCGAGUGCUACACAGUUCGGCGAAGGCGGAGCUAAGCUCCUGCGUGAAUCUUUGACUUCACUCACUCUGUUCCCCAUUUUCCAUUUCAUUCGGACCCUUCUGGUUUCUCAUUCCGCCAUUGUUUUUGCUUCCUCUCUUUGUUUUAGUUGAUACGAAGUGGGUUUCUGUUUUUAUUCAUUUUAACUGCUUGUGGCCGCUGUUGCUCUGCAUUCAAGAAUUGAUCUCCGCCUCUGUUUUCCGCCCUUUUUCUUUCAUUUCGUCUGUUUAGAGUUAUGCUUGGAUUUGAUGGAUGUGAACGGGAAUAAACCUUUGAAACCUAUUCGAAGAAGCUCAUCGCAGAAGGAAAGUGAAAAUGGAAGCCAAGUAGUUGUUGAAAUUAGCAGAGAUGAAAAUGGGUACUCUGUUCCGAAGCAAAACAGAGUCGAUUCACAGACCAAAGAGCCGACGGAUUCGAGUAUUGGCUAUGGCUACGACUCGCAUCUCACUCCGACGGCGAAUAAACCCCCGAAAAUCCCCGGUUCAGUUGGAACCCUCACGCCUAGAAAAUCCCUCAAAAGAUCAAUCCUAUCGAAACCCAAAUCCAGAUUCGGGGAACAAUCAAGCUUCAUUGAUUCAGAUACGUUUGAGGAGAAUCGUUUGUCGUUGAGAGAUCAAAUCAGUGCAAAUUCAUCGAGACGUUCUACUCUCAACACGCCGAAGGAACAUCAUGAGGAAGGAGAUGACGAUAUUUUCAAGAUAGAGAAGUUUAAGAAAGAGAAGCACAAGAAAGUGAAGGUAAUAACAUUGAUUAAAUGGGUUGGAGCUUUUUGCAUCAUUGGUUGCUUGGUAGCUAGCUUGACUAUUAAACGUUUGAAGAAAUACUUCCUUUGGGGUAUAGAGAUUUGGAAAUGGUGUUUGCUUGCUACUGUGAUUUUGUGUGGAAUGAUAUUUACUCAUCGGGUUAUGAACGUGAUUGUGUUCUUGAUUGAGAGGAACUUUUUGCUUCAGAAAAAAGUGUUCUAUUUUGUUCAUGGGUUGAAGAAGAGUGUCCAAGUGACCCUUUGGUUGACAUUGGUUCUUGUUACAUGGGUGUCUUUGUUUGAUCGGAGUAGCCAUAGGGUCUUGAGAUCAAAGAUCAGUGGGAAGAUUUUGGAUGCCAUUACAUGGACCCUAAUAACACUUCUGAUAGGAGCAUUUUUGUGGUUGAUAAAGACACUGUUGUUGAAAAUACUGGCCUCCAAGUUCCAUAUGAACCGAUUUUUCGACAGAAUUCAGGAAUCCAUUUUCCAUCAUCAUGUUCUUCAAACCCUUUUGAACCCUUCACCAAUUGGCAUGCCUGAAAGUACUGUCGAGUCCAACAGUGGUCGAUUGAGUUUCAAGGGUAAAAAAUCCGACCAUAAGAAGGUGAUUGACUUGGGAAAGAUUCAUCAGCUGAAGCGAGAGAAGGUUUCGGCAUGGACGAUGAAGGUUUUGGUCGAUGCAGUUGCAAGUUCGGAGAUGUCGAUCUCACAAUUACUUGACGAAAGCUACCAAGUUGCUGACGGUGAGAUCACCGAUGAGACGGAGGUUGCUGGAUAUGCUGCCUUCAAGAUCUUCAACAACAUUGCUCUUCCUGGAAACGAUUUCAUAGAGGAAGAGGAUCUUCGGAGAGUUAUGAUCAAAGAAGAAGUUGAUCUUGUUCUUCCACUCUUUGAGGUAGAUGAGACAAGGAGGAUUGACUGGAAAUCUCUAACAAAUUGGGUGUUAAAGGUAUAUAAAGAGAGGAAAACACUAGCACAUGCCUUGAAAGACACUAAAACAGCUGUGAAGCAAUUGAACAAUUUGGUAACAGUGCUUCUGAUCAUAGUAACAGCUAUUAUUUGGCUUCUGUUGAUGGAAAUUGCUACAACCAAAGUACUCGUCUUCCUCCUAUCUCAACUUGCAGUGGCUGUCUUCAUGUUUGGAAACACUUGCAAGACUAUCUUUGAAGCUCUAGUCUUUGUGUUUGUUAUGCAUCCAUUUGAUGUCGGGGACCGUUGCGCUGUCGAGGGCGUCCCGUUGAUGGUUGAAGAAAUGAAUAUCUUGACAACAGUCUUCUUGAAACUCAACAAUGAGAAAGUGUAUUAUCCCAACUCAGUUUUGGCAACAAAGUCGAUCACGAAUUACUACAGAAGUCCAGACAUGAGCGACACGGUAGAAUUCUCGAUCGGUUUCGCAACGCCAUUGGAGAGGAUCGGGCUCAUGAAAGACAGAAUAAGGAGAUAUUUGGAGAAGAAUCCACAACACUGGCAUCCAAAUCAUAGUGUGGUGGUGAAGGAGAUCGAAGACGUGAACAAGAUAAAGUUUGCUCUUUAUUCGAACCACACGAUGAAUUUCCAGGAUUGGACGGAGAAGAAUCGUCGAAGAACCGAGCUGGUGAUGGAGUUGAAGAGAAUUUUCGAAGAACUGAAGAUCAACUACAAUCUUCUACCUCAAACAGUUCAUCUCUUCCCAGCUGAGGGGCACUGAUGAAGAUCUUGCUUAAGCUUUUGGCAAACAAAUGGUUAGCUGCUUCUUUUAUGAACUAAAUUAGUAUCAGCUUAGGUUUAGUGAAGCUACUUGUAGGGCUGUUGUAGCGCAGGUACUCAUUAUCACUCACUUCAAUGAACAUUUCUCCUUUAACAAUAUGUAGAAUUUGCCACAUUUUAAUGUUAAACAUGUUCGUAACAU